AUGCCGAGCCCGGAGCCGGGCGCCGAUGCGACGUGGCCGCCCAGGCCGCGUUGUCUUACAUGCAAACGCCGGAAGGUAAAAUGUACUGGCGGUCCUGAGCCGUGCGAAAACUGCCGCCGUCUGAGACUCGGCUGCACCUUCAACUACCCGGAGUCGGCCGUCUCCUCAGAGCCCGGGGAUCCCCACAACUUACUGGCGCCCACGGAGACCCUCACCGAGGCCGGGACCAGACGCCGGCGCAUCGCCAACGCAUGCGCUGAGUGUCGCGCCCAGAAGGCAAAGUGCUCCGGUCACCGCCCUCAGUGCUUCCACUGUAACCGGCGGAACCUCACCUGCGUUUACCCAUCCUCGCCGUCACGACGAAAGAGUCGGCAUACGAAUGCCCAGCCGCAGCAGUCCGCGUCCCCCGAGUCCUCCAGCACAUGUACACUCAGUCAGGGUGCUUCAUAUGAAGCUGAGUCGACGCUGCAGCAGUACAUGAAGACGCCUUCGCUCAACACCUCUCUUGAGCAGACGCUGCUGAGCACAGAUGUCAUCCGACAACAUCUCGAAGUUUUCUUCGACCAUGUCUACCCCUUAGGAUACGACUUCUUUCACCGGCCGUCGAUGAUGGAGGAGUUCUAUGCUGGCAAGCUUCCCCCGAUACUUUGUACUUCUGUCUGUGCCGCGGCGGCAAUUUUUGUGUCACGAUCCCGAGAGUCGCGAGUACUCUCUAUCCAAUGGGCCAAGGAAGUUGACGGGUACAUCUUUGCCAACCUGAACGUUUUCAAGGUUCUCAACAUCCAGCUCAUGGCUCUGUCAAAGUUUCAAAAUUUCGCGUACAGACAGUUCGGCAAGGUGUGGCUCCUAAUCAGCACCGCGGCGAGGUUAUGUGUGUCGUUCCAGCUGAAUGACGAAAGGCCGCUGCCGCCAGACGCCGACACAUCGACGGUCAUCCGGCGAGAGUGUGAGAGGAGGCUGGUGUGGCACGUUUGGUGGAUGGAUAAGGGGCUCUCUGCGGGUUUCGACGAGUUCACCUGUCUGCCGAACCGCUGGAUGAGAACGCCAUUACCGAACGCGGAGCAUACAUUCCGUCAUGGGUUACUGAAGCAAACGAGCAAGCUUAGCGAUGGCGUUGAGGCCCUUGCUGCCCAUGACGCCGGAGCUAGAGCCUAUGUCAUGAUUCUAUUCAGCCUCCGAUGCGAAGUUCUCCGAUCAACAAAAGCAAUCGUCCUCGAAAGCCGCUCCGACUCGUCCCCCGCCGCAGUCGCCAAGGCCCUCACAACCCUCAAAUCCCUCCAGUCCCAGCUCGCAAACUUCCUCGCCCACAUGCCUUCGCACAUCCAGCCCAGCGAGCUCAACAUGUUUUCCCACUCGACGACUCCCGAGUUCUCGGCGUACAUCACACUGAACUCGUGGUACCUCCAAACCUGCUGCGACCUCUACCGCACCUGCCUCCCCGGCCACGCCCGCGAGUCCGCAGCGCCGGCCUUCACAUCCAAAGCGCCCCCUGAAUUCGUCUCAACCUGGCGCGCCCUCGCGGUCUCGCACGCCCUCCGCAUGGCUCGUCUGUGGGAGCAUCUCCAAGCUCUCCGCUCCAAAGGUGCGCUGCACUCGAAGCAGACGCGUCUCCCCAUAGCAAGGAGAUACAGUUUGUACAACAAUCUAGUGGACCCCAUUACAGACACACCAGUCACACUGGACGAUGAGACGGUCGAGGCAUUAUGCAAGAGCAACCUCGCCUUACUCGACGACAUGUCCAACAUCGCACCCAUCAUAGCCGUCCUCCAGCAAGACGUCAAAAGGAUGAUCGAGACAGAGACCGCAAACCGCCACACCGCACCCGAGAGCCCGGAAGAAGCAGCCCCGAUCAGCAGCGAGGUCCAGCGCAACACGCUGCUGAGCAGGUACCACCCCCUCUCGCAGAGCUUCGACGCCAACGCGAAGACGGUCGACGAGGUCGCGAUCCAGCACUCUGACUCGCCGCAACUCUCCACGCGGUCACUGCAAGGAGACGUGCUGAUGACGGAUAGGGAUCACUAUCAGAUGCAGGCACCCAGCGACAUCUACCAGGCCUCGACGGCGCAUCCGAUAGGCCUCGGCCAGAUCGACUCCAGCCUCGACGGGCCCAUGACGUGGUCGGGCUUCGCGGAGAACCAGCUGGCGCAGGACUACUACGUUGCGCCGUCGCAGUUUGACAUGAGCGGCGAGCUCAGCUGGUUCUUGUCAAGCUAUCUCGACCCGGAUCCGAGCACGGGGCCCGGACACGGAGGAGUCUCGACGGCCGGGUAA